GUCACAAAUUUUUCUGCAUAAGCAGAACUUCUGACGUUGCACACACAGAAAGGCCGAGGGAAUAUCAAAUGCACCCUUUCACAAACAUGGAUAUGUGAAUAUCUUGUUUUUAAUUCAUCGUGAGAGGGAACGUGAUUCGCAAUGAACACCUUUGUCAUUUGAGAAAACACCCUGCAUUUCGACAUGUUUAGUAACAGAAAAGGUCCCUUAUAACGUCAUAAGGAUACGCCUAUUUAUAUUUCGGAAAUUCCUCUGGAUAGGAUACCAUGAUCAUAUACUCACCCAAGUGUAAGAGUCAAAGGCACAGAAAACAACUAUAACCCUGUGAGAUGCAUGGACCACAGAUGUCCUGAUAACUCGGUUCACAUGCACUGCCCUUUAUGUGUAAAGAGAGAUUUCUAUCAUGACCCAGUCAUAUUAAAAGCCCAUUUUCGUGUUAAACAUGUUGAUAAAGGAAUAGAUUUUGCAGGGCUGAAAAUAUUAAGAUGCUGUGAUCAUUGCGAUAUUAUUGGUAUCAUCAAAGGAGAAAAGAAAUUCAAGGGUGCUCACUGGCAUUGCUACAAAUGUCGAAAUGGCUUCAAUAGAAGAGACGAAGCCAUUAAACAUUACAAGACCCACUUCAGAAAUCCACAAACAACAUUUCAAAUCCAAAUUGCUCAGGAGAUUAACAAUCCAUGUUCUUACCAAGAUGACUCCAUGGAACCAACAGAAUUGUCCAUCCAUCCCGUGCUUACCCAGGCGGUUAUGUCCACUAGUUUGGCUGAAACAGGCUACAAGUCCCUUCUGAACCCUCAAACAACACAAAUCAGUCUGACCAAUGGAAAGCCUUCUGACGGAACAAUGCAUGUGUCUGUGGCAGCCAAUGAAACGGUGGAUUCUACAGACAACUCACAAACUCACAUUAUGAUUAUACAGGAGGACCAGGGUGAAUCAGAGGAUGGCAGCUCAUACACCACCCAGAUUAUCUCUAGUCAGGAUGUAGGCAUUGAGGAAGAAAAGGAACAUGCUGUCCAUCAGAAUUCCGACAACCAGAUGGAAGAAUUGCAACAGAAAUAUGAAAAGUUACACGAGGGCAAAGUUCAAACGGAAACCCAACUGAAGAUAGUCAUAGAGAACCUACAGACAGAGAUUAAAGAUUUAAAAGAGAAGCUACAGAAAUGUAAACAAAGAGAACAAGAAUUGAUAGAACAGAUUAGUGUGCCACUAGAUAAGAAUACAGAAAACCUAGUGAAACAGCUCGAAAGCCAACACCGGGAUCUACUGUAUCAACAACUAUUGUGUAUAAAACGGGAAUACAAAGUAGAAACACUCACAUCCCCUGAUGCUGCUUCAGUCUCUGACAAUCACACCGAGCAUAAAAAGACAACCAUGGUGCCGAACGCCCAGUUGUUCACUGUUACCCAAAAUUUUGACAAUUCCACCGAACCAGGGGAAGAAGAACCUGACUCGUCGGAUACUAGUGCUCAAGAAAACGAAGAUUCCAUGAAAUUAGCUGAGAACUCCGAUCAUUCAGGAAAUGUAGUGUGCAUCAUAGACAGUGCUGGAAACUUUCAAGUCACUCAUCACUUAAAUCCCCCAGAGGAUGAAUGUAGUAAUGUAGAAGGGGGAAGUGAAAGUGAACCCUCUCCUAAACGGUUUAAGACUGAUUAGGCACUGUGUGUACAGUGAUGUAGAACCAUGCAGUGCUAUGACUCAAGAUUUUUCAGAAAACAGGAAAUGUGCAUGAUGAUUAUUCUGAAUUAGUUUUUUCAGUAUUUUUGUUAAAGAUUAAUUUAUAUUCAACAAAAGGAUAUUAGAAGUACUUUGUUGUUUAGUUAUAGAAAUUGAAUGUAUUAUUUAAAUUAUUUCACUUUAUUUCUGCAAAAUUCUGAAAGUAAACAGAAGUGCAACAUU